GCUCUAGCUUCUCGCACUUGCUAGCCAACGCGACUUGCGGACGUUUUCAGGGCCAUGGUCGUGCCUUUGCAAGCUGCAACCGAUCCCAAGACGGAGUUGAAUAUUUUUUCCCAACGCUAUUGCCAGCGGCCAAUGACGCAAGCGGAUAUCUCGUACAGGACGAGAAAGUUUGGCAAUCAGUACCAAAGCAUUGUGAAGCUGGAUUGCAUUCAGGGCCAAGAAUAUGCGGGGCAGCUAUGCGUGAAGCAGAAAGAAGCGGAAAAGUCUGCCGCCAAGCAGGCAGUGAUGGCUAUGGCAAAUUUGCAUCCUCCCACCUCUAAGGACCCAAAGAAGAAGACGAAGAGGCUGUCGCCAAAUGGGCUUGCUGCGAAGAAGGCUAAGCAAGCAAAGGACUUGUUUUCUGCAAGUUCCAGAAGAAUUUCCUGCAGCGCUUGGCCGGCGCUGUUGUCCGCGCCGGCGCCGGUGCCAGGUCGCAGGCGAAAGCCGCCGCGUCUUCGGCGGCUUCGGCGCCCUGCUGCACGCCACACCGCGGCGCGCCGCAGUGCCCGAGGGCGUCCAGAAACUUCCACAGCGAGAUCCAAAGACACCAGCUUGCAAGAACGUGAUUCGCAAGGCGCUCGGAAGAAGAUGUGGCAGGGGAGCGGGGGGGUACCCGUAGGCAGCGGCACCUGCCACAGAUCCGCUCUGACGGAUCGGCGGUGUGUUUUUGGAAGCCGCAGGUUGGGAUUGGUCCGAAAUACGACCAAAAAACGAAUUUACAUGUUGAACUCCUGAUUCGGUUCUUGGUAGCAGCAAGUUCCGAGUCAAGUGGAUCC